CCCCGUCCCGGUCUCCCACCACCACGCGCCUCCCGUCGCCACACUCACACUCCUCCCCUCUCACUUCCCCACCGAGAGCUCCAUUAAUGGCGCCUCCCCUAAUCUCGCCAUAAUAGCAGUAUCAUCGUCAUCAGCAGCAGGCAGCAGCAGCGGAGGCACAAGGUGUCGUAAACCACGUGGGAACAACACUGGGAGAGCUUGCGCCAGUUCUGGAGGUUGCGCUGACGCUUCCCCACAUGGGGUACCAGCCCAUGCACGGCGGCAGCAGCGGCACCGCCGGUGCCGGGACCUCAGGAGGCGGCGGCGGGGGCGGCGCGGACCACCUCCACCACCACCACCACCAGCGCCUGCACAGCCCGCGCGUGGCCGGCGGGGGCUCGAUGACGCGCCGGGCCAACUCGUUCAAGCGCGGCGGGGGCGGCGAGAUCGAGCUCCAGAUCGGCUCCCCGCGCUCCCCGAGGUGCGACGGGCUGGGGAGCCCGCCGGGGGACGCCGCGGAGCCGUCCGGGAGCGGCGCGGGCCCCGGCGGCGGCGGCGGCCUCCUACACCACCACCAGGGCCAGCAGCACCACAACCUCCGGUUUCGGCUCUUCAAGCGGCCGGGCUCAGGCGGCGGCGCGGUCGAGGCCGGCCUGGGGCUCGGGCUGGGGAUCCGGGAGAGGAGGAAGCUCGGGAACAUGCUCUUCCUCGCAUUCUGCGGCGUGUGCUUGCUCCUUGGCGUCGGUAAGAUCUGGGCGGGCGGGUGGUUCGUGCUCCCUGGCGACGACAAACACGCGGAUUUGCAGGAUCUCUCUGUCUCCUUCUCCAGAGAUAAAGGGCAUCAAGUUGAUCAUCACUUUGGAUUCAUGGGAGGAAAAGAGAGUGACAGGACUUUGAUGACAGUGGAAUCUAGCAUUGGUGGAAGAGAAGAAAGUGUGGCUGAGGCCUUUGAUGUCUGGUCUCAGCCAAGCAGUACAAAUUUUAGACAAUGCAUUGUUUCAAACUCCCAUAAAAAGCAAGAUUCUCAUACAAAUGGCUACAUCCUCAUAAAUGCAAAUGGAGGUUUGAAUCAAAUGAGAUUUGGGAUAUGUGAUAUGGUUGCUGUUGCUAAGAUCCUGAAGGCUACACUGGUUCUACCUUCACUUGAUCAUACAUCAUACUGGGCAGAUGACAGUGAAUUUAAGGACCUUUUCAACUGGAGGCACUUCAUCGAGUCACUGAAAGAAGACAUUGAUAUUGUUGAAACGUUGCCCACUGAAUACAGUCAAAUUGAACCUUUGGCUAAAGCUCCGAUAUCUUGGUCGAAGGUGAGCUAUUACAGAGAUGAAAUCCUCCCUCUUUUGAAGAAACACAAAGUCAUUUACUUCACACAUACAGAUUCUCGCCUGGCUAACAAUGGCAUUCCGAGUUAUAUUCAAAAAUUAAGAUGCCGAGUUAACUACAGAUCUUUGAAAUAUUCUCAUACAAUUGAAGAUCUUGGUACUACCUUGGUUUCAAGGAUGCGUCAAGAUGGAGGCCCUUAUCUUGCUCUCCAUCUAAGGUAUGAAAAGGACAUGCUAGCUUUUACUGGUUGCAGCCAUAGCUUAACAUCAUUAGAAGACGAGGAAUUGCGUAAGAUGCGUUAUGAGGUAAGUCACUGGAAAGAGAAAGAAAUCAAUGCUACUGAGCGAAGAAGUCUUGGUGGCUGUCCUUUGACUCCAAGGGAAACUUCACUUUUACUCAAAGGAUUGGGUUUCACACGAAGCACCAGAAUUUACUUAGUUGCUGGUGAAGCUUUUGGCAAUGGAAGCAUGAAGGCUCUGUUGGAUGAUUUUCCCAAUAUUUAUUCUCAUUCUACACUGGCAACAGAAAAGGAACUUGCACCCUUCAAAAACCAUCAGAAUAUGCUUGCUGGUCUUGACUACAUUGUGGCUCUCCAGAGUGAUGUCUUUAUUUAUACUUAUGACGGAAAUAUGGCAAAAGCUGUACAAGGCCAUCGACGUUUUGAGAACUUCAGAAAGACUAUUAACCCAGACAGGAUGAGUUUUGUGAACCUGGUAGAUGAAUUUGAUGAAGGAAGAGUGCCCUGGGAUAUUUUCAGCUCAGAAGUGAAAAGAUUACACAAAGAUAGAAUAGGUGCUCCAUAUUUUAGGGAGCCUGGUGAAUUCCCAAAGCUAGAGGAGUCUUUCUUUGCAAAUCCCUUGCCUGGCUGUAUAUGUGAGAAACACAGCGAAGAAUGAAAAUGCCUUCGUUCUGACCAUUCUUUCCGGGCAUCUCUUAAGUCAGAAGAUAUUGGUCUCUGCUUCCUGUCAGAUGCUACGAGCAGCGUUGUUGAGUCAUGAUCAGUGAAUCCAUUCUAAAUGUCAGUUUGAGGUACAGGGCAUCGGGACAUUUAUUUUCAGCUUUGGCCCUUACUGGAGUUCAAAGCAUUAAGGACAGCGAUGUUCUGCAAAGCGCAUGACUGUCAAUCAUUUUCACACGACCAUGUGAGUGGUUAUGCCUAUCACAUUUGCCGCAAUAGGUACAUAGAAGGUACAUACGCGGAGAUUAUGCUGACGGCUUUCUUGUAUUUUUCCACUACUAUUUUAUUUGAUUAUUAGUGGAACUGCGCAGCUAGAUUUGGAAAUACAAUAUUAUAUACUUAUAUACAGCUUCAAUGCGAGUCAUGCAGAAAUGUUGCUACAAAUUUUGAUUGUAUCUACAGCCAUACUUUCUAUACUCAGGAAACAAUUCAAACUUACCAUGCAAAUUAUGUGAGGUUUAACUUCCAUAUCCGACUAAUUUGCAUGGACCCGUCCUUGCAUCCCCAGUGUAAUUUCAAACAAUGUUUUCCUUUUGUAAUAUGUAAUGUUAAUAUUUUUCUUAAUAAAAAUAUCAUGGUUCGAUUUGA